GAUCUCAACUCGUUAGUGGCUGAAAUUGAAAGGCUAAUCCCACGUUAUUUUGUGUCCCAAAACCCCAACGAUGAGUCUCCAAUGGAUUCCAAAUUCCGGCCACUCCUUCCAUCUCCGCCGCAAUCGCAGCCCAUUCCUCCUCUUCCCCUCUCUUUCACUCCGCCCCACAAAACUCUUCUCCAACCCAAACCAACCACCGCCAGUGGAGGUCGAAAUCAAGCUCCGCCUCCCGGACUCUUCCUCUCACCACAAACUCUCCCACCUCCUCUCCUCUCACCACAUCAAAACUCAUAAUCAACACAACAUCUUCUUCGACGGCGCCAACGCCGAGCUCUCCUCCAACCUCGCCGUCCUCCGGAUCCGAUUCUACGACGACGACUCCCACUGCGUCCUCUCUCUCAAAGCGAAACCUACAAUCUCCGACGGAAUCAGCCGCAUCGAGGAGGAGGAAGAGACGCUGGAGCCGUCGAUCGGCCGCGCCUGCGUUGAGGAGCCGAAUCGGAUGCUGGUAAUGGAAUCGUCGAAGAUUGUGGAGAGAGUGAGAGAAGAGUAUGGGAUUGAUGGGUUCGUGUGCUUGGGGGGAUUCAGGAACGUGAGAAGAGUGUAUGAAUGGAGAGGAUUAAAAUUGGAAUUGGAUGAAACUAUUUUCGAUUUCGGACGGAAUUAUGAGAUGGAAUGCGAGAGUGAAGAACCGGAAAGAGAUAGAGAUUUGUUGGAAGGGUUUUUGAAGGAGAAUGGGAUUCGUUAUUCAUAUUCUCAAACUUCCAAAUUCGCCAUUUUCCGAUCUACGAAGUUGCCGCCAUUCUUCUGAAACUUUCUGCUUCCAUUUUCAUCUCGUCCCAAUUUUUUUUUAAAUUUUUUUUUUUCAAGUUUGAUUACAAAUGUUGUAGAUUUUCCUUUUUGUUUUAAUAGCAAAAUGUAGUUUAUAUCGACAAUAUUUUAUCCA